CACACGUCCCCCGACGCGGUCACACUUCUCAUCAAAGCAACCAUCAUCCAUCAUCAAUUCAUCAAUUGCGAGCACAUUCAAACAUCGACCGGUGCUCAGCCGAGGCGGAUAUGCCCGCUAAUUCCGUCACGGCCCUGCCGUACAACAUCAAAAUGAAGGAAGAAAAUACCAAGCGCAAGGCUACCGAGGAGCCUACCUCUCCUUCGUCGGCGAAACGAAUCAAGCAUAGCGACUCGAACGAGGAGAAUGAGGACACCAAGAAGCCAAAAAUCCCCGCCAUUCCCUUCCCAGAAAAGGCCGCCGUUAUCGAAGAACGCGACGGCGAAAUCGAAUUCCGUGUGGUCAACAAUGAUGGCGAACGCGAAAGCCUGAUCAUUCUCACCGGUCUCAAGUGCAUCUUCCAGAAACAACUACCCAAGAUGCCCAAAGACUACAUCGCCCGCCUUGUCUACGACCGGACCCAUUUGUCGAUCGCCAUCGUCAAAAAGCCGCUCGAGGUAGUGGGUGGCAUCACAUACCGACCAUUCAAGGGCCGCCAGUUCGCCGAAAUCGUCUUUUGCGCCAUUUCUUCCGACCAGCAGGUCAAGGGCUACGGUGCUCAUCUCAUGUCACAUUUGAAGGACUAUGUCAAGGCUACCUCGGACGUCAUGCACUUCCUCACAUACGCCGACAAUUAUGCCAUUGGCUACUUCAAAAAACAAGGCUUCACAAAGGAAAUCACACUCGACAAGUCAGUAUGGAUGGGCUACAUCAAGGAUUAUGAAGGCGGCACUAUCAUGCAGUGCAGCAUGCUUCCACGAGUACGCUACCUCGAGAUGGGCCGCAUGCUUCUCAAGCAAAAGGAAUGUGUUCAGGCCAAGAUCCGUGCCUACAGCAAAUCUCACAUUGUCCACCAGCCCCCCAAGCAGUGGAAGAACGGCGUAACACCCAUCGACCCUCUUUCAGUCGAGGCCAUCCGCGCUUCAGGAUGGAGCCCAGAUAUGGACGAGCUCGCCCGUCAGCCACGCCACGGGCCAAAUUACAACCAGCUGCUGCACCUCCUCAAUGAUUUACAGAAUCAUGCCAGUAGUUGGCCCUUCUUGGUACCCGUCAACAAGGACGAGGUACAUGACUACUACGAUGUCAUCAAAGAGCCUAUGGACUUGAGUACCAUGGAGGACAAGCUUGAGAAAGAUCAAUACAACACGCCCGAGGAUUUCAUCAAGGACGCCAAGCUCAUAUUCGACAACUGCCGAAAGUACAACAACGAAAACACCCCAUAUGCAAAGUGCGCCAACAAGCUCGAGAAGUACAUGUGGCAGCAAAUUAAGGCGAUUCCCGAGUGGUCACACCUCGAGCCUUAGAAGGGUGAAAGUCGUGAGGACCGUCAGAUGGAGGAGCAAGAUGUGGACAAUGACAACGCUGUCACACAUGGCACAUAUGAGAACGCUGUUGCCCAUGUCGAUAAUGACAAUGCUGAUGCUGAUCCAGAUUGGAGUGAAAUUGGUCCUGCUACUAAGGCUGGCCGCGUCGGUCAACUCCCAAAACGUGGGCGUGGUAGGCCAAGGAUCCACCUGAGAGGGGGAAACAUUAACAGCGGCCGUAGCACACGGACACAACCCCAAGCUCAGAAGGAACCAAAAGCAUUCGAUCAACCCUCUGGAGAGAAAAAGACGGUCACUCCAUGCUUUGAACCCAGGAAAACCCGAGCCACCGCUAAGAAAGAGGAUCUGGUGAUACACGAGACAAUCAGGACUAGUACUGAACCUGAAAGUCGUCAUGGCAGCCGGUCACUGUCCGCUGGUGCAGACCAAGAAACGUUUUAUAUAAGAGCUAGCCUUGAUCUGCGAGCCUCGAGGGCUGACCCUGAAAAGUCACAUCCCGACUAUGCAGUACAGCCAUUCCAAGAUCUAGAAACAACAGCGAAGCUACCAUAUCAGGAAAUGGGUGGUCGAAAAAAGACAGAAAGAAAUGGCACAGCCACUGAGGGUAAUGUCUCGAAUAUGAAUCAAGGCCAUACUCAAGGCUUCAUUCAGGCACCAGAGCCCCUUAUCUACCCGAACGGUUUUGGAAAAUGGGAACAGCAAGCUGCGCUAAGCCAGUAUGGAGAAGAUGUUCUCUCGGAGUUUCGCGGAAUAUGGCGAAAAAUUCUUGCAUCCAUCGACACCGACUCACAAAGUCGGACGAGGGCCGUGGACAUAUGGAAGUCGCUGUUGGAUCCCAACUUAGCUACCAGGUUCCGUGCGCCACUGUCAGCGCGGUAUCGUGAAUUCAACGAACGGUGUAAACAAAAUGGAGCACAGAACACCUGAACGAAGUUCCUCCGGACACCCAGGGGAACGACGAUAUGAGAAGGUCGAAUCACCAAAGCAGGACGACUCGCCAGUGCCGCCGCAUCCGAAACGACGCAAACGUGCGGCAUCGUCACAGUCUGACAGUGCCUUCUCGGACAGUCCUGGACCAAGCCAAGGUUCUGCAUGGCGGAUGAUAAGGAACCCAUAUGAGGAGUCUGUCACGGGCCUUUCGCGGAAGCACGAUAUAGAAGCGGAUAACCCGACCACAAAGGUGUCUUUUAGAAUUUGGAACGGAGGAAUUUGAAAAUGACAGGAGUAGAGGGACAACAACCCUAUCGGGAAGCGCUAGAAACAACGGGAGGGCCCAUACACAGCGGAAAUGGAGGCUCACGGGGACGAGCGAGCAUUUACUUACUGCAAAAAGUUGGUGAUUUCCUCUUUCUUUUCGUUCUAUACCUUUUUUUUUCGGGGUUUAGCUAUCGUGUUUUUCAGAGCAUGACUUAGUUGAGUAAUGGUAUUAUGUUUCGUGUAGAUGUUUUUCUUGAGCUUUACAUCCAUGUAUUCAAUCUAGUGACGUAUGGCCACAGGUUGGUUUGCUAAACUACAGUAAGCAUGUGCGAC